GUGCAGGAGCUGGUGGAGGACAUUAAACACUCGUUAGAUCAGAGACUGCAGGAGCUCGACUGGAUGGACGAAGAAACCCGAGGCGCUGCCCGAGCGAAGCUGCAGCACAUGAUGGUUAUGACCGGUUAUCCUGACUUCCUGUUAAAGCCUGAGCUCGUAGACGAGGAGUACGGGUUUGAUGUGAACGAGAAAACAUACUUCAGGAACGUCCUCAACAGCAUCAAGUACAACAUCAAACUCUCCGUCAAAAAGAUCCAACGAGAGGUGGACAAGACCACGUGGCUUCUUCCACCACAGGCUUUAAAUGCGUAUUACCUGCCAAACAAAAACCAGAUGGUUUUCCCUGCAGGAAUUCUCCAGCCGACUCUCUACGAUCCGGAAUUCCCUCAGUCACUGAAUUACGGAGGAAUCGGAGCGAUCAUCGGUCACGAGCUCACACACGGAUACGACGACUGGGGUGGGCAGUACGAUCGCUAUGGCAACCUGAAGCAGUGGUGGACUGAAGAGUCGUACAGGAAGUUUCAGAAGAAGGCGGAGUGUAUCGUCAAACUGUACGACAACUUCACUGUGUACAACCAGAGGGUUAACGGGCGUCUGACGCUGGGUGAGAACAUCGCUGAUCUGGGCGGACUCAAGUUGUCUUUUUAUGCGUAUCAGAAGUGGGUUCGUGAACACGGGCCGGAGCGUCCUCUCCCCGGACUCAAAUACACACACGAGCAGCUCUUCUUCAUCGCGUUUGCUCAGAACUGGUGUAUGAAGAGACGAUCGCAGUCGAUUUACCUGCAGCUGCUGACAGAUAAACACGCUCCUGAACAUUACAGGGUGAUCGGCAGCGUGUCUCAGUUCGAGGAGUUCGGCCGUGUGUUUCAUUGUCCCAAAGGGUCGCCCAUGCAUCCGGUCAACAAAUGUGCCGUCUGGUGACCUUUGACCCCUGAGCGUCUCCUCAUCGCCCUCGUCUCCCUGAUG